GUGAUGAGAGAGAGGCAAGAGGGGGAAAGAGAGAGAAUCUGAGAAACACACAUUGAAACAAACAAAGGAAAAAAAAAACAACAAACAAAACAAAAGAUUCUACAACGGGGAAAGAGAGAGAAACCAGAGGCCUAGGCAAUAGGCAUCAUAGAUAGACAAAGAAACCGGAGAGAGAAAAAGGAAAAAAAGUGCCUCAUCAUGAAGAUGGUCGAAGAGAGGCUCCUCUGAGAUCAUCCUGAAAAAAAGGCAGCAAUAGAAGAACAACAACAACAACAACACUCAUAAAAAACCUUUGAAUUUUUUGUUUUGCUGCCUUUUUGCCCUGGUCUCAAAUUGCCCCUACCUAUCACCCUCCUCCCAACCAGCAUUGUAAUUUUUUCCUACAUUGUUCACUUAUUUCCAGAAAAAUCUGUAGGAAAUAGUCUUCUUUUCUUGUACCCUUUUGUCCCUUCUGCAUGCUCCACCUAUUGCUGAGGAUAAUUGAGAGGAAGACAUUGAGUUGAGCCAGGUUAUGUCUUUGUUGAACACAAGGCUGUAACAAAGGGAUAACAUUACAAAAAUGAGGGAUUCGGAUAUGAUCUUUGGACCUAAGAGCUUGCCAUUGUAAUAUAAAUUUUGCCUAGUUAGUCAGUUUCUUCUGCUUCGUCUGAAUAGAUUGAAGGGUUUCUCUGUACAGCAAAAACCUGGCAUUUUUGGAUAUUAUAGCGCGUAGCGUCCUGGGUAUCAAGGAUUAUAGAUACUUCCUCGGUCACCUUGGUAUUGGCUUCACAAAGAAAUGGGAAUGAGAUGGAACGCAUUUGGAAUUUGGUUCAAGUUUUAUGUUUGCUUGAUUUCUGCGUGGGGAGUCCGAGAGUGUUGGUCUCUUAAUGGUGAAGGAUUGGCUUUAUUAGAGUUCCGGACAAGAAUCACUUUUGAUCCUUAUGUUGCUUUGGCAAAUUGGAAUCCAAAUGAUUGUGACCCCUGCAAGUGGUUUGGUGUUUAUUGUGUCGAUGGUGAAGUGCAAAUGCUGGACCUAAACGGGCUAUCUUUGAAAGGGACAUUAGCUCCUGAGCUUGGGAGGCUUAGUCACUUAAAAUCUCUUGUGUUAUGCAAGAAUAACUUUUACGGUGCCAUUCCCAAAGAGCUUGGAAAUCUAGCCAAGCUGGAGUUGUUGGAUUUAAGGGAGAAUAACUUGUCAGGAAGCAUCCCAACUGAAAUUAACAGCAUGUUAUUGCUAAAACACCUGCUGCUUUGUGACAAUAAAAUUGAAGGCGAUGAUUCUCAAGGUCAAAGAAGAAUCAGAUUUCCCUCUAAAUUGCUACUUGUUGACGAUUGUUCAUCACCUUUGACAACUUUAUUUGCUUGCAUGAAUAGAAAGUUUGGACACUGCGUAUGCAGUGUGUGGCAGAGCAACUUCAAGCAAUGGGACAAAUCAGAUUCAUUGAUAGUUCCAAUUAAAGUAGCAAUUGUGAAAUACCUCAACGCCUUUGUGCUGCCACUGUUCAAGUUGCUCGACCAUGAAGAGAAAUGUUAUGACCUUCUGCCUAGUUCUAAAGAGCCAGAUAUUUCCCAGAACAUACCAAAUCUUGUCAAUUCUGCACGUCGAAAGUUACUUGCUCAGUCCAGUAACCUUGCAGCUGCGCCUUAUAGUGGUGGACCUACAAUAGAGUUCAGUUCUGUUCCAACUAGCCUGAGUAGUGGAGCUUUUCCAGCUGUGCCAAAUGACAAUAAGAAGAAGAAUCAGCCACCUGCACCACUGCAUUCACCUCCACAUGAUGCUUCUGCAAGUCACCAACAUUCUACCAAUGGUGCUUCUAAAAAUUUGUGGAAGUAUAUAAUAAUUAUUAUUGUUGUAGCUGUGUUGGUCGCUGUUAUCAUAAUUCUUCUUUGCAUUUGGCGAAAACGAGCGGCAAAGAUCAUAUCCCCUUGGAAGACAGGAAUAAGUGGACAGCUGCAGAAAGCAUUUAUAACAGGGGUCCCCAAGUUGAAUAGAGGAGAACUAGAGACAGCAUGUGAGGAUUUUAGCAAUAUCAUUGUUGGUUUUGAACUUUGCAUCAUAUACAAAGGAACACUGUCCAGUGGAGUCGAGAUUGCUGUGGUUUCUACUCAAGUUACUUCUCGCGAAGAUUGGACAAAGAACAUGGAGACGAACUACCGAAAAAAGAUUGCUACUUUAUCCCGCAUAAACCAUAAGAACUUCAUCAAUCUUAUUGGAUACUGUGAGGAAGAAGAACCAUUCACAAGGAUGCUGGUGUUUGAGUAUGCUCCAAAUGGAAACUUAUUUGAGCAUUUGCAUGUAAGGGAAGUUGAACGUCUUGAUUGGAGUGAAAGGAUGAGGAUUAUCAUGGGCAGUGCUUAUUGUCUUCAGUACAUGCACCAUGAUCUAAAUCCACCAAUAGCUCAUACCAAACUUUCUUCAAAUAUGAUAUUCUUAACAGAUGAUUUCGCCGCUAAGUUUGCAGAGGUCACCUUUGCAGAUAUUGUAUCACCACCAACCAAGACAACAGGGGGUGAUUCAAAGAAAUCUGAUCAUUCCCGUGUUGAUCUAGAAACCAAUGUCUACAACUUUGGAGUAUUGCUGCUUGAAAUCAUUUCUGGAAAAUUGCCUUACUCUGAAGAACAAGGCAAUCUUGUGAACUGGGCUGCUGAUUACUUGAACGACAAGCGAAGCAUUAGCUAUUUGAUUGAUCCCAGCCUGAAAUCUUUCAAGGAUAAUGAACUUGAUGUUAUAUGUGAGGUGAUCCGAGAUUGUAUCCAACCUGAUCCAAGGCUAAGACCCACAAUGAGAGAGAUAGCUUCCAAGUUGAGGGGAGUACUUGGUGUGUCACCGGAGCAAGCGGUCCCGAGACUUUCUCCGCUGUGGUGGGCUGAACUGGAGAUCUUGUCAGUGGAGGCCACUUGAGUUUUAUCUGACUCUCUUCUCUGUGUUUUUAAGUCAACUCUCUCUGUCUCUGUCUCUGUCUCUGUCUCUCUCUAACCUCUAUCAAGCUGCUAGAGUGGAAUGCUAUGAUAAGUCUUGCUACUCAGUUUCUUUUCUUGCUUGACUAUACUUUGUUCUUUUGUAAGUCUUCAUCAUUAAUACCUUAGCUAUUCAUGUACCAAUCUAAGUGUGCUGUGUUGCUUUGUAAGAGGGGUGCUGUAAAUUGUAAUUUUGUUGAUGAAGUUUGGGGUGAAUUUGUUCCAACUUGGUGUUGGGAUAUUGGUCCCAAUGAGCAUGCUACUUCAAUA